CGCUUCAGCACGUGCACGGGGCGGGGCGCGCGCAGGGGGCGGGGCGCGCGCAGAGGGCGGGAGCGCCGCGGCGGGAGAAGACGAAAUGGAGCGCCAGGGAGUGGACGUGCCUCCCGUGGAGUUAAAGGACCAGGGACCCCAGGCGACUGUGGAGAGCGGGGAGCACCAUCAGAACGAGAACCACGAGGGAGAGGCUAGCGCAGCGGCGGCCAGUGCCAACUACCAGCUGCCAGGACCCUUCUCCUCUCUGGACUCCAGCAUUGAAAUCCUGAAGAAGAAAGCCCAGGAGCUGAUUGAAAAUAUCAAUGAGAGCAGGCAGAAGGACCAUGCACUUAUGACUAACUUCAGGGACAGCCUCAAGAUGAAGGUCACGGAUCUGACAGAAAAAUUGGAGGAGAGGAUGUACCAGGUGUACAGCCACCACAGCAAGAUCAUUCAGGAAAGGCUCCAAGAAUUCACUCAGAAGAUGGCAAAGAUCAGCCUUCUGGAAAUGGAGCUAAAACAAGUCUGCCAUACUGUGGAAACUGUAUACAAGGACCUAUGUGUCCAGUCUGAGGUCCCCACGUCAGAAGAACAGAGCUACAAAGACGGUGAGUGCUGACUGCUGCUGAGAAGCUCCCGUCUCAACGACAGUCACCAGGAAGAAGGCACAGAGCCCACUCAGACAUGCUGAGGGUUUUUUUUUUUUUAAAACAGUCCUGUAACUUAACACAAAUGCCACCAUAUGCAAUGAUCUUUGUGCUAACUACCAAAGUGUGACAGGGUUAGCCCCUGCCAUAGGCCCAGCUUUAGCAAAUUCACCCAACCCACACCUACAGUUGAUUAAAUGUUUGAUUUCUA